AUGACUCUUAAAUCACCCAAAGCAAUUUGGGAUUAUCUGAAAGAGGAAUACGCUGGAGAUGAUAGAAUACAAAGCAUGCAAGUGCUAAAUUUAAGGAGGGAAUUUGAGCUUCAAAGGAUGAAAGAGUCAGAGACAAUCAAAGAAUACUCAAACAAAUUGUUAGGUAUUGCCAACAAGAUAAAGUUGUUGGGAAGGGAUUUUGUUGAUUCGAGAAUUGUAGAGAAAAUUUUGGUAACGGUGUCGGAGAGGUAUGAAGCAUCUAUAGCUUCAUUGGAGAACACAAAGGAUCUGUCGAAAAUCACAUUGGCAGAAGUGCUACACGCCCUGCUAGCUCAAGAGCAACGAAGGUUGAUGAGGCAAGAUCGUGUUGUCGAAGGUGCUUUGCCCGCCAAACAUCAUGAAGUUGAUGAAAGUAAAAAGGAUUUUUUCAAGAAGAAUCAACCAGCAAGCAGCGAAAAUAAUGCAAACAACCAAAACAAAGGUAAGGAUAAAAAGAAAAAUUAUCCACCUUGUCAGGAUUACGGAAAAUUGGGUCACCCACCAUACAAAUGUUGGAAACGGCCAGACGCAAAGUGUAGCAAGUGCAAUCAGCUUGGACACGAAGCUAUAAUUUGUAAAAGCAAAUUUCAGCAACAAGAAGCCGAUGCCCAAGUUGUUGAGCAGAAGGAAGAAGAUUAUAUUUUUGCUGCAACAUGUUAUUCGAUGAGGAGUAGUUCUAAAUGUUGGUUGAUUGAUAGUGGUUGUACGAACCACAUGACAUAUGAUAAGACUCUAUUCAAGGAUUUGAAGUCAACUAAUGUCUCAAAGAUCAUAAUUGAGAAUGGUGACUAUAUUCCAGUAAAAGGAAAAGGAACUGUUGCAAUUUCAACAUGUUCAGAUUAUAAGCUUAUUUUCAGCUCACUCUGUCUCCACUACGUUCGUCUCGUGUUGACUAAUGGUUACACUGCACGCCCUCUUGUAAAUCUACGCUACACCACUUAA